AUGUGCCGCUUAUACUCUACUGAGCCUGCAAUUCAGGAAAAGUCAAGGGUAAUAUCGUAUUCACAGUUGGCUCGCCGAAUGAGUUCUCUAGUGUCUACAAUCCUCCAUUCAGCGACCGACAUUGUGGGUUCUCAUAUUGCCGUUCUAUGCGAGCCAUCUGCAGAUGCUAUUAUAUCUAUGCUGGCAGUCCUGCACUGCGGUGCUAUUUAUGUUCCACUGGAUACUAAUUUACCUAUAUCACGGCUUGUAGCCAUGAUGAAUGACUGUAAGCCUGCUCUUCUCCUAAUGCACGCAGGUACAGAGGAGCAAGCCCAGGCCAUCACAACCGGAUACCUAAUCCAGGAAGUACGAGUAGACAUAGUAAGUGAACAAGCCAGCUACGAGGUUCCAUCGAUAUAUGCUGCCGAGCAAGACGCACCCGCUAUCUUGCUUUACACGAGUGGCUCAACGGGAGCGCCUAAAGGCAUUCUCCUCUCUCAGGCCAGCUUUAUCAAUCACUUAGCCGCUAAGAAAGAGGCGCUUCACUUAUGCCGAGAACGAGUUCUUCAGCAAAGCUCGUUGGGCUUCGAUAUGUCUAUAAUACAAACGUUUUGUGCGAUUGCUAACGGCGGCCUCCUGGUUAUCAUACCGUCUGAUUUGCGGCACGACCCACAUGAAUUAACGACACUGAUGGCUCGUAGCCGUAUCACUUUAACAAUCGCCACGCCAUCAGAAUACACGAUGUGGAUAAACUAUGGAGGAAUGACGCUGAAAGAGAAUACUUCGUGGCGUUACGCCUGUAUGGGUGGUGAGAUGGUUUCACAACAUUUAAGGAAUGAGCUACGUCGUCUUGACAUUAGAGCAUUGGGAAUAUGGAAUUGCUAUGGCCCUACUGAAAUUACUGCUGCAGCGACGUUCUAUGAAAUCGACCUGAAAGCUGGUAAUGAUAGUGUUGCCAGAUAUGCCGUUGGAAAAGCAUUGUCCAACUACUCAAUUUCCAUUCUGGAUGAGUAUGGAAACCCGCAACCUGUUGAACAUACUGGAGAGAUUUGUAUUGGUGGUGCUGGAGUAGCCCUAGGAUACCUAAACCUAGUGGAGGAGAGUCAGCGUAAAUUUGUCACCAUGUCUGGUAUGCUAGGAAUAGAUCUCGGCCAACCAAAACAGCGGUUUUACCGCACUGGUGACCAAGGAAAAUUGAUGCAGGACGGGACAUUGUUACUGCUUAGCCGGCUACAUGCAGAUACGCAAAUCAAGUUACAUGGAGUACGCAUUGAGAUGCAAGAAGUCGAAACGGCUCUGCUAUGUGCCGCCAACGGUCUCCUUUCUACCGUGGUUGUUUCUCGACGAGAUGAAGUAUUGGUCGCCCAUGCGACAAUCACAUCAGGUAAAGAACAUAUUACCAAUCGUGAGGAAGAACUUUCUGCAAUUCUAAGGCGUCUUAGAUUAUUGUUGCCACGAUAUUCCGUCCCGGUGACUAUUGCUAUUAUACCCAAGAUGAUUACCAAUGCAAAUGGCAAAGUUGAUCGCAAGGCCAUUAGUGCUCUCCCGAUAUCAGAAAACAGCUCCAUAACAGAGAGACAGCUAGGCAGGAUGACAGUUCGCGAAGGCGAGCUUCGUUUGCUAUGGGAACGUGCUCUCCCUAAGAUAUCGUUCGCUGCCCGCAUUUCGCCUUCUUCAGAUUUCUUUCUAUGUGGUGGGAAUUCGCUCUCAUUGAUGAAGUUGCAGACUGCAAUCAGGGAGUCUAUGGGAAUUGUAGUAUCAACGAGGAUACUAUAUCACGCUAGUACAUUAAGUAGAAUGGCAGAGUACAUUAGUAACUGCCUCCAGGAAGAACAACAUCGGCAAGAAGCAGAAAACAUCGUAACGGAAAUCAACUGGACAACGGAAACCUCUAUACCCCUCUGGUUACAUGAGCAGAUUAGCACUCUGAACACACUAGGGGCAACAUCCAUUGAGCAGGUAGAGAUGCCACAAAAGGUGCCGAGCGGAAUCGAAAUUCUUCUGACAGGUGCCACAAGCGUGUUGGGUGGCUUUCUUUUACGUUCACUGAUGCAAUCACCUACUAUCCAUAGAGUCCAUUGCGUCGCGGUGCCCGCUGAUGAAGAACAUCUGCUUCCAGAGGACCAAAACUCGAGCUCCAAGUACUUUGAGCAGAAUAUAGAUAUUAUCAUCCAUGCCGGUGCCUUCGGUCAUUGUCUCAAUACAUAUACCUCUUUACGCUUGCCAAACCUACUCUCAACCCAUUAUCUUGCGUCUUUGGCAUUACCAAGAUCAAUUCCACUGUUAUACUUAUCAUCAAACAGAGUCGUUCUAUUGUCUGGAAAAACGUCGCCACUGCCUGGAUCUGUCUCAAACUUUAUACCACCAACAAACGGCAGUGAAGGUUACACUGCGAGCAAGUGGGCAAGUGAAGUAUUUCUAGAGAAUAUAGUUACUACCUUGAAUAAAAACGGGGGUCACCGGUGGAAUGUGGCAAUUAAUCGGCCAUGUAUAGUUGUGAGUGACCAAGCCGCUUCUUCAGACGCUCUGAAUGCGAUCUUACAAUAUUCCGUCUCUAUGCGAAGUGUGCCUCGACUGGAUGGAAUGGUAGGAUAUAUUGAUUUCAGAGAAAUAGAUGCGGUGGUUGAUAAUAUCAAAGAAGCAGCACUUGAAAUUCUCAAGGGGCCUGCUCUACCAACUCAGGAAUGCUCAAUCAAAUUCCAACAUCAAUCUAGCGGAAUUCGAGUGCCGGUGGCCGAUUUCGGGAGAUAUCUGGGGGAAAAAUAUGGAGGCACUUUUGAAGAGGUGGAUAUGAGAAAAUGGAUUGCCCAAGCAGCGAAAGCAGGUAUUGACCCUUUAAUUACGGCGUAUUUGGAGGAUAUUCUCGAAAGCGGCUCACAGGUAGUAUUUCCAUAUAUGGGGGAAGGGCAGAUAUAA